AAACAUGGAAGUGUUUGGUGGCUUCUAAAUUCAUCCCUGUUUGGAUCCUAUGGAAUGAAUGGUGCUAAGCUAAACGCUAGCAUAGUGGCGCCGCGCGCUACAGCGAUUGAGUGCACGCACUGAGACGGGAGAGGCGAUUCUCAGCGGGUCGAGAUGCCACGGAAAGACAUGGAGGUAAUCAUGGGACAAAUGGUUGUUCUGGAGGCCUGGUACACCCCCACUACCUCCAUCGAGAAGAAUGCGGUCAUCUGGACCUUUAUGGCCAAUCACUCCAAACAAGUCAUCUCCUACUUCUCAGGACAGAUUGGCAUUGGUAGCACUGACUUUCGGAGGCGGGUGGGUUUUGCCAUGUCGAUGCCCUCUGCCAAUCUGUCCAUCUACAUCAAUAACACACUGGAGUCUGACUCCGGGCGCUAUCACUGCCACGUCAUCAUUCCUGGAGCUCCGGGCCUGUCUGGAGAGGUACACCUCAAUGUUAAAGUUCCUCCAUCCACGCCUGUGUGCUCUAUGACAGGAAAUCCUGUACUGAAUGGCAAUGUAACACUGAGCUGUAAAUCCAGCGAUGGCAAACCUGUUCCUCAGUACAAAUGGACCAAAGCAGCUCCUCUUUCGGAGGUCUUCUUCUCUCCCAUGCAAAAUGAGAGGCAGGGCACCCUUCGACUUAGCAACCUCACCAAAAGCAUGUCCGGCAAGUAUGUUUGCCGCGCCAGCAACACGGCUGGGACUGACAGCUGCCACAUCAAUCUAGAGGUCUCCACCCCUAACAAUGCCUGGGUGAUCGCCGGGGCCACGGUGGGCUCCGUGGUGGGUCUGAUGGCUCUAGUUUUAUUCCUGAUCUUUAUCCUGAGGAGAAGCCGUGACACAGAAGAGGAGAUGGCCAAUGAUAUCAAGGAAGAUGCACAGGCUCCGAAACGUGUCUCCUGGGCUAAAAGUGGCACAGGAUCGGACAUCAUAUCAAAGAAUGGCACAUUGUCCUCAAUAGCCACCAGCCCUCCUGUACAGGACCCUCAGCAUCCACCCCAAAACAACCAUUACCCAUACCCCCCUGGUGCCUCGGACACCGCCUCCAUCCUCACCACCUCCGGAAGCACAACCACCUUCCGCCUCCGCCCAGGGGAGCCCAACCCACUACACGGCCUGCCCGGAUACAACGCCAGCGGCACACCAAAUCACACACACCGCCACCAUCGCCAUCACACUCCCGCAGUCCUCAAUCCCAACAGCUGCUCCACACAGAGGACUGAGGGGCCGCAGCCGCAGACCCCGCGCCCGCUCAACAUGCCUAUAAACACUGCCACCCUGUCCCGCAUGGGGGCCGUGCCCAUCAUGGUGCCCACCCAGAACCACGCCGGGUCACUGGUGUAACAGCCCUCAAGACUAAUAAUGUGCUAACGACUAGCCAAAUGUAUGUGGAGAAGGAUUUCGACAAAUGUGACGAUAAAUUUGGCUGACUUUUUAUACAUAGUAAAGUACAGUAAAAUAUAGUUCCAUGUAAAAAAACACCUAUGAUUUGUUUUCUAAAGUAUUACAUGUUUUUUUUUAAUGAGCUUAAUCUGUGUUCUGAUGCCUAAACACUCUGUGAAGUUCUUUUUGUCAUCUUUUUGAACCGUUUCACUGACUGAGAAUAGUAUUUUUCAUUUAUUUUGACAGUGUGUUAUACAUUUUGACGGGAUGCAGACGUCCACUUUUUGUAACAGUUGUGUUUAUGGAUUCAGAUUUGUCCAGUUAUUUAGACAUUCUGUUAAGUUUAUGACAAUAAUCUUUAGAGUCAGCUGUUCUUGUGCCUUUUGUGCCUCUGUUUCUCUCAGGAGCUUUCGCUUUUUCUGUCAAGCGGUUGACAGAUUUGUGAAGCAGUUUGUUUAGAAAUUUAGAGAGAAAAGGGAUGACUGUAAAGUAGAAAAUAAAAUGAGAGCCCGUCAAAAUGCUGUCUUAUGAUGUAGAGCAUCAAACACAUAAAUGCCAGUGUCUGCCAUGCUUGUUUACUGGAGCAGGAAGGACUCUUAAUUUGUAAAACAUUUGAUCAUGUAAGUUACAUGGAAGUGUCCAUUUAUUCAUUCGUGUGUUUAUGAUAAUGUACGGAAAAAAACUAGCCUUGUGGUUUAAUGACUUGAAUAUUGGAAGCAAUGUUAUAUGAUUUUUGAUAAUAGUGUUAAUGCUGAAUGUUAUUGUGAAUAUUCUGGUUGAAGAUAUUGUUUACUCUGUAAGCCUUUUCCACUUAUUUUGUUAUUUUCAAAUUGGCAUUAUAUGGAAUUGAAGGCAUUAUACAUUAACUGUCCAUAUGAUGGAAACAGAGACGUAAUAAACGGGCUCAAAGUGGAAAAUGCCUCAGUGAGGUUCAAGUGUUUAAGUGGUGGUGCUUGUUUUGAUCACUUACCAUAAUG